AUGGCUUCCGAGGUCACAGCCAGGCAAUUCAGUCCUCUGAAACACUUCAGCCCUCCCGAUUCGCUUCGCACAAUGACACGACAGGAACAGGAAGGUCUGCUGAGGAGAAUGUCUAUGCCUUUUGUGAGGGGACCGGAGGACAGGCAUGACUACCCCAGUUUUGAAGAGAAGUACAGUAAUUCUUUUCUCAAAUCCAGUCCUUACGCACGACCCGAAGAGAAAAACUACCCUUUCGCUCCACACCGGGACGAUGUGCCAGUUGUUAACACUUUCUCGGGAUUUGUGAGCCCAGGAGCUGAGGCGGACCAGAAAAUAACCUCCCACACAACUGCCGAACCGCCAAAGGAGGUCCGAGAUGCACCACCUCCAUCUCAAGCAGUGCCUGUUCCACGCAGGAGAGCCCAGACUUCAUACGGGAGACCCCCAUUAUUGCUGAAAGGGCUCGGCCAAGACCGACGCUGGAACUCCAGAUGGGUGCCGGAAGUUUCUCUCAAGGCGCAAGCUGAGAAACUGAUAUAUCCAGUGAAAGUCACGCCUGCUCCACCACCAGUCAAAGAAUGUUUCUCACCUCAUACAUUUAUAUUUAAUGUGGACUCGGACGCAAAGUCCGGCGAUCCGUCCUCUGAAGCCUGCCAAGACAAGAAAGCCCUGAAGCACUUGUAUACCUCAACGACACAAAGUGGAUAUGAAGAAGUUCCCUGGGACAGAAUGUUACUACCUAAACCCCCGCUGGAUUCAACUAUAGAAGCCAUGACUGAUUGCGUUUCCCAGCGUUGUACACUGAAACGCUACAAACCAGCACCGGAAGCAAGCCAAGUUGUCGGAGGACUCUGGGACAGAUUUCAGACAAGAUACUUCACAGUACCUGCCAGGCCAAUUAAUUUCGUCAGCCCAAGUUCUCGAACCGAGCAAAUCCCAUUGUAUACAGGCCAUGUUGGCGCUGAGAAUUUUGAGGACAUCGACAACGCGAACGUUGACUUAAUCUUACACGGCCGAGUGAGACUCUCAAAGCCUCGCUACGUGAAGUCGUCUUACGCUCUCAACCCUUCUGGAUACACCGGUAAGGUUCAUUGGUCAGCCACCCAGCCAGCAAAUUCUAAUCUCCCACCAACGUCGCCCGCCACAAUUUCACAAAUGCAUGGGUACAUGGUGAAACAAGGGCAGCCAACCAAAUUUCCACAUCUGGGGCCCUUGUCGCAGAUUGUGACUGCCACCGAACCUCGGAAUUCUUUUAAUAGGAAGGAGAAAGAAAGAAUUAAAAUCUGA